AUGGGAAAAUUUAAACUUGGUAAUUGGGCAGCAAUGAUUGGAAUGGCUGCAUGUUGGUGUUUAAUUGCAGGUGGAAUUAUGGGUAUUUGGUAUGAAAGAAGAUAUAUAGCAAUCUAUUCAAUUUGUGUUGGUGGUGUUUUAUAUCCAUUAUUAUACCCACUUUCAUUUUUAGGACCAUUAAAAGCAAUUUUUCAUCAAUAUUAUGUCGCAGCAGCAUUAAUGGCAGGACUUAGUGUAUUAUGUUACUUUUUAGUACCAACCAUGUUAGCAGCUAUGGUAAUGGAUAUAAGUGCAGUAGUAUUUUUAAUUUCUGCCAUUAAAGGUGAAAGAGGUGAUUUUUUCGAUAAACAGGAUUAA